AGCUGGUUAGCGUCUGGGCUAGCGCGCGUUCAUUCGCAGUGAUGGUGUCCAGCUGGGGACACUGCGUGUAUAAGAUGUCCGAUAAACACAGUCCCCAUACCUUCCAGCCUGCCUCUCAGGGUGGAGUAUUUACUACAGACAUGCUCCAUUAGCCACAGUCAUCUGUGUCAGUAUGGAGACCGCCACAGGAAGUGAGGUUGUAGGUGCAGAAGGAGGUCCACAGUCAGACUCUGUUUCCCAUGACAGCCCUCAACCUCAGUCACCGCCUUCCGUGAAAAUACGGAAGACGGCUUUCAGGUUUUUUGGUGGUCGGAAGAGCAUCUGUGUUCUGCCCAGCUUUUUCGGUGGCCGUGGCAGAAGUCAAAGAAAGGGGUCAUCAAAAACAGGUGUUACGAAGAGCCAAACAUACGAUGGGGUGAGCAGAGCAUGCUGGGAAGAUUUGGGCAGAGGUAGCAGUGAAGCGGCCUCAGGGGACUUUGAGUUUUGUGCCUCCAGUGACCCUCAGAAAUCACAGGAGGAUCACGGGAAGUCUCAGUCUCUACCACGACAGCGCAGAGGCCUUCGGGGGCUUUUCAGCAGCAUUCGGAGAUACAGGAAAAACAAAAAUGUUGAACUAGAAAAGCGCGAGACACAUGAAAUGUCUUCAAGCUUUCAUGCCGAAACAGUGCCUGGUGCCCUGUCGAGCGUCAGUGACCAUAGCGAAGAGUUGGUGCCAGAUGUGCCUAAUCAAUCCACAGGCAGUGAAUGCAAACUGCCAUUGGCUGCCACUGAAUGUACGAAAGAUGUAACGCUAGUGCCUGAGAAAAGGAGGAGCAGAGUGGAGGUGGAUAAGAAGAAGAGAGCAAAAGAAGAGGAUAAAAAGGGGGAGGAGAUAAAAAAUGCGAGACGGGAAGGACUGACGACAUAUCAUCAACUCUUGUGUGCCGAGUCAGAACUGGACCGUUUGGCUGAGCAGAAUGUGGACGUUCCCGACGGGGAGCCUUCUGCUGUAUCCUGCUCCUCUGAAAACUUAAUCUUCGGUGACGUUUCGUCAUUGAAAAGCUUUGAUUCACUGACAGGUUGCGGAGACAUCAUCGCAGACCAGGAUGAUGUCGGUGUCGCCGAGAGCUCUGUGUCUGCUGAGAGAGGCAGCCGAAAUGCAGGAAAACGGAGCUCGUGUUUUGUCACGUAUCAAGGUGGAGGGGAAGAGAUGGCAACUCCCGAUGAGAUAGACGCGGAUUACUUGCAGAGCUUAUGGGAAUCUGAAACUAGUAAUGAAGUCUGCUAUGUCCCCUCAGACAUGGGCUCGGCUAGCCCUUCGCUUACUCCUGAUCAGCAAAUCAGCUCCAUCCGUGCCACCUCCAACAGCAGCCCACUGGGAAUCACAGAAACGGCCCUCACUCCUGUUGACCUCUUGAGCCCACAGAGCGAUCGGCAGGAGUCGGUUCCCAACAGCGAUGAGGGAUACUAUGACUCCACCACGCCAGGUAUGGAGGAGGAGAGUAGAGAGCGUCCACACCAGGAAAGGCUUCCACGGGACAGCUACAGUGGUGAUGCCCUUUAUGAACUUUUUGAACCUGACGAUCGUCUACUCAGCCCUGCUCUUCCUCCCAAGGAUGCCCAUUCAUUUGUUGGUGCAGAUAAGAGUCCAACAAACCCUCUGUACACCCUGGCAUCCCCUGCCCUAGAGACAGGAACAAUGGAGACGGAGGAGGAGCGUCUGAGCAAGAUCCAGCAUGCCCUUCUGUGCUGCGAGCUCCAGAAUCUCAGAAGUCCAUCCAAAGAUCAGCUUCUGUUCCACACAGACUGCUUCUACGAUGAUUCAAGCCUUUCCGCAGGCAACGGUAAGAUGGUUUUGGAAGAAGCCAUGAAUCAGUGCUAUCCCCAAUCACCACCGAGAUCCCAAGCUGUAAAAGAGCCAGUCCCUCUCAGCAGGGGUCAGAUCCAGGGGACUCCAUUGUUUGCCGAUUCAGGGUUUAGUCCACAUGUCGCUGAGACAACCAGACGGCAGCCUCAAUCUGAGGAUCAGAGCCCAUUACUACCCACCAGAGGCUGCAGUCAAUCUCAAGAAGAGCUGAUGGUCUGCUUCUCCCAAGCACUCGUAGAUUUCACAAAGAACACCCGGCUUUACUGCAACUCAACUGAGAGUCUUGAUGGCUCCGAGUCUAGUUCUCCUUUCGGGCCGAGUCUGAGUGCCCUGCCCGCCAUUGUCACGUUCGACGUGGUCGACAUGGAGAAUGAGGGUGAAUGUGAGCAGCAAACCGAGCUUGUUGAGGAGGAGGAAGAGUUAGCGUCUCCUUACGAACCCUUCGAGGAAGAUGGCUGUUACCUUCAGCAAGACGCCUUUGCUGAGUGUGACCAGCAUACUAUUGAUGCCUACGAACAAAGUCUCUUGCUCAGUAACGCUUGGGGCAUUGCUAGCCUUCCUCGCCACCUCAGUUUGGGUCGACCUUGUCCUCCUGUCCCCGCCCCAUUAGCGCUAAACCGUCGCAGUCGCUCCCUUGACACGGACAGUCUGGAGUUUCAGACAAGUGAGCUUUACACCAACUGUAACUCUGUGUUUUCACAGCGUAGGACUGCUGAUUGUAGUGAUACGGCAUUACCGCGACAGCCCUGCGGGGUCACUGUUGAUAGUUGGAGGCGGGGCUAUGGGCGGAGUUUUGAGUCCUCCAACUCUUCUCAGCAAGAAGCUAAGUUGCCACACGUGGGCCAGUCAACUGUAAGACCUUCACAUCUCCCCCUAAAGAACAACUGCCGUAAUCGUAACCUCCCUGGAUCCGCUAGAGCCGGUGGUGACGGGGAGAUUUUGUUUGGGGGAGGCGAUGCGCUUUACCCCUGCAGUUACCCCCCUACAGGUAUGCAGUGGAAGAAUCGACCUGUCGGGGUCACUCAAGGUGUGCCCCACCUUUGCGCUGAGCAAUCGGCAGACCAUCGAGAAAUUCCCAUAAAGAACCGGAGGAGGGAACUUGAGGGUGGCUUCACCCCUGCACCACCCAAAUUAUAAACAAUCUCUCCCACUCCAAGUAAAACAAUAAUACAAAUAGACAAGUCUCGUCACCAAAGACGAUGCUGGAUGUUUACUGGCAGUCUUGAAUUGUAUCCCACUCACACACACUAGUUGCUGUUACUGCCGGAUAAGCUAUUGUAUUCUUUUGUGAUGUACUGUGUAGUUUUUGGGCUAUGUUUUAGUUUCUGUGAGUUUAAGAAGACGUGUAUUUGUACCUGUAUUUGUUACAGCAUUACUCAGCAGGUGCUGUCUAUAUAUAGAUGCCAUAUUGCUUUGCAUUUAUGUAGCCAGGUAUUGCUAUUGAAAUUGAUCCAUUUGGUUUGGUUUUGGAUAUGUUUUAGGUAUAUUUGCAAAAAGAUGACAGCCUAUAAAUGACUUAUUUUAGCAUAAGAAUGGAAACCUUCAUUAGCACAUUGAAACCAAUAUCAUCUUAGAACUUUGUUCAAGUAUCAAACUCAGUUUGAACAAAUACUUUUUAAAGGGGUCCUAUUAUGCUCUUUUACAAAGUCUUGAUUUU